CUCCGCUCACGCUCCGCUUUCCCGCCAAAUUCAUCUGUGCUCCGUAGCAGCUGUUGUGUACCUCCUGCUGCCGACUUCUUCCUCUGUUGGUGCCUGCUCGUGUUUACCUUUCAUUCAACACCAUACAGGUAAUUUGAAAUAAUUGCAUGCAUUUUGUUGGGAGUCGGGAAGCCUUACCAGAAAAGCAAACCCCACUCAGGGAAUCAAACAUGGGACCUUCUGCUUGCUGGAUGGCUACACUACCCAUUACAGUGUGGUAUCCUCAGGUGACAAAUCACAUAUCUCCCUGCCCUAGGCCACCUUCCACAUGCCUUGACCAGGAUGCCAACCAAACAGGAAUCAGUCACCUUCCCCAUUCGCAAAACAAAGUCCUCAAGAAUCAAAUCUGGGAAGUUGGCAGAACAGAGAGAGACACAGGAUGCCAGAAGUCAUUUAUACAAUUGUGCUGAAGUACUUUCUGAUGAAAUAAUACUAGAUGACUCCAGCUCUCAAGAAACCACAUCACUAGAUCCUCCACUUGGCGUAAGUCCCAGAGAAACUGUGGCGCACAGAAGAACCUCAUCAAGAAUUCAGUCCACAGUCCACAGCACUCGCAGGUCAUCUCGAAAGAAGUGUCCCAUAAGUUAUCGUGAAACUAGUGUUAGCCCUCAGAAAAAGCAUUUUAAUGUAUACAACAAAGACAUCUGUACUCCAAAGAAAUUAGCAUAUGGAGAAGACUCAUCACCAGAACGUGUCUCUACAAGUGAUUAUCGUGGCACGUCAGUAACACCAAGCAAGAAUACUAGCUCAGUCAGAAAUGUUCAAACGUCAUCCAAAAAGAGGGACUGUGUCACAAGCUAUCGAGAGACAAAUGCCAGCCCAAGGCGACCAUCAGUGAGGGAAAAUGGAACUUCAGUCCAAGAGGAAAAUUUCACCUCCCCAAAGAAGUUAUCCCCAGAAGCUAUCUCUCACACAUAUCCAGGAACCCCCAGCAGAUCAGAAACACCCAGCAGAAAUGCCAAAAGUAGGGAUAAGGAUCAAGAACACCUGACACCAACUAAGAGAAGAAUUUUGUCACCAGAUGCAGCAGAUUGUUUUAGUCCCACUAAAAGACUGGUUGUAGUCUUAAAUGGAAUUCCAAAGGAAUAUUCUGAUAAACUUCCAUCUUUGCUUAGUCCAUCCUCCAAACACCAAAAAGCCCCUGAAUUAUCCACAUCAAAGGAAAUCCAUCUGAGCACACCACCCAGUCCAUCUCAAGUGAAUUCAUGUGGUGCAUCUCUCAUUCCUUCUCAAACGGGUCCACACAACACUUCAUUAGUCACCAGAGACUCGCCAGUGUCAAAGAUAGAGAAGCCUCACUCAUUCACAGUUCCCUCACUGGCUGCUGUGCUUCAGGCUCCAGACCACACUGCUCAGGAUUCCAAAGCUACAGAAAAGCCUCACACAUCUAUAGGCCCUUCACCAACUGCUGUGCCCCACACUCCAGGCCACACAGCUCAUCACUCCAAAGCUGAGUGCAAAAGUCCAUCUCGUUCCGUCGUAAAGCGCCUCAAUAUGAACAGUCCGGUAAAAUCUCCCAUGAAGCCUUUGUUGCUUGCCAGUCCCAGGAGGUCCCCUCGGAAGCUAAACAAUGAAAAUAAAGCUAGUCCUCAGAGAAGCUUGAUGAAGGUUCUUCAGUCACCCUUGCAAUGCAGCAGUCCAUCUUCACUGGUAUCAAGACUCAGCCUGGCCAGCCCCCCAAAUUGCAAGAAGAAUUUGGCCAUGGGUCUUUUCAAACCAAAUGUUAGUGCAUACCGUUCACUGCGGCAAAGCCUUAACACUGGCACACCAUCAGUUCUGGUGGGUCGAGAAAAGCAAGCAGAUGAAAUACGAGAAUUCCUCACUCACCACCUCACUCAAGGCAAACCAGGUUCCCUCUAUAUCUCAGGUGCUCCAGGAACUGGCAAGACAGCUUCAUUGAACUCUAAUCUGGAAAGUUUAAAGGUGAAAAGAAUUAAAAAGGUCUUCCUUAACUGCAUGACCCUCAAGACAACAGCUGCUAUUUACAAAACCAUCGCCUCUGAACUAAGCCUGAGUGUGUCCUCCAGUGAGAGAGAGAACAGGAAUGCCAUUGAGAAGGCACUUGCUACAUCCAGGCACCCCAUCCUGUUGAUGUUAGAUGAGGUGGACCAACUGGACAGCAAGAAUCAAGAAGUGCUGUAUACCAUCUUUGAGUGGCCAGCACUGCCUUGCUCCUCCCUGGUGUUGGUAGGCAUUGCCAACUCCCUUGACCUUACUGAUCGUAUCCUCCCGCGCCUUCAAGCUCUGCCAAAUUUCAAACCAAAGCUUCUUCAUUUCCCCCCAUACACCAAAGCAGAGAUUGUCAAAAUCAUCACCCAUAGGAUAAAAGAGGCUAAUCUUGGUGAAGUGCAAGUCAUCCGUCCAGCUGCUAUUCAGUUGCUGGCAGGCAAGGUGGCAUCCAUUGCUGGAGAUGUUCGGAAGGCUCUUGAUGUCUGCAGACGGGCAGUGGAACUUUGUGAGACUCAGGCUCGCAAGCAGGCUGUGCUUAAGCCUUCCAAUGCCAGUCCUCAGAAAACUUCCAAGACAUCAGUGGACAGUGUUGUACCAAAGAUGGUAGAGAUACCACAGAUUCUCUCUAUUUUCAAUGAGGUGUACGGGUCCCGGGUGGUGUCAGCUGUGACUAACGCACCCGAGAGCUUCCCAUUGCAGCAGAAAAUCGUGAUUUGCUGUCUGUUACUGAUUCUUAAGCAUGCACGAUCCAAGGAUGUAACACUUGGGAAGUUUCAUGAAGUUUACACACGAGUAUGCAAGAAGCAACAGAUUCCUGGAAUGGAUCAGACAGAAUUCCUUUCCCUCUGCACACUCUUGGAGUCAAGAGGAAUGGUGCAAGUAAAGUGCAACAAAGAAAUUCGCAGCUCAAAGAUUUUGCUGCUCUUGAAUGCAAAUGAAGCUGAGGAUGUCCUUGGCGACCGCAGUCUCCUGGCCACCGUCCUGAAAGACAGAGAAAGCUUAGGAAAACUGUGUUCUCAGCAGAAGAGGUAGUAGCCAUGUGUACAUCAUGGAGAGGAAUACUCAACCUAUAAACCAGUGCUCAUGUGUGCAUCAUUUUUAUUUAUAUUUAUCAUCUGAAUUCAUUACUGUUCACACUUAUUGACUUAAGGAGACUUUCCUUUUGUAUUUUUUAUUGUUUUACUGUAUUUCAUACCAUGGAUAUCAUAAGGCUCAACAUGCUGUACAUCUCAUGGAGAGUUAGAUCAGAAUUAAUAGUUUUAAAUUUUCUUAUGCAUCUAAUGUAACAAUUUUAAUAAAAUUUCUUGAUAGAUCUAAA